AUGGCUUCAACAUCUCACUUCGACGCCAGCGCGCUCUUCGGAGUGAAGGACUACGUGUGUGUGGUCACUGGAGGAGCAACAGGCAUCGGACUCAUGGCCACCCAAGCACUCGCCGCAAACGGAGCAAAAGUCUACAUCACCGGCCGCCGCAUGGAAGUCCUCGAGACCGCUGCCAAAGCUCACUGCCCCUCUGCCAACGGAUCUGGCCCUGGCAGCAUCAUUCCCAUCGGACCAUGCGACGUGACCAGCAAGGAAGACCUCUCCUCCCUCGUCGAUCAAAUCCGUGGGAAGGAGAGCCACGUCAACACACUCAUUAUCGCUGCAGGCAUUGCAGGCCCCAAAGUCCAGCCGGACCAGGAAGACGCCACUGAGCUCAGCAAGAAACUCUGGGAAGGCGAAUCAGUCGAGGCUUGGCAAGAGACCUUCAAUACGGACGUCACCUCGGUGUACUUCACAUCGGUCGCCUUCCUGCCCCUCCUCCAAGCUGCCAUCAAGUCGGAGUCUCCCGCAAAAGCCCAUCCUCACUCCGGCCACCGUUUCGCGCCCAGUAUCAUCACAAUUUCGUCCAUGUCCGGGCUGAUGCGUCACGCUCAGGGACACUUCUCAUACAACGCAGCCAAGGGCGCUACUGUACACUUAUCGAAGCUCAUGUCCGCCGAGUUCCAGAAGGCUGGAAUCCGCGUCAACUCAAUCGCGCCUGGCUACUUUCCCUCCGAGAUGACCACGCAGGAGAGCGACGACAGAAACAAGUCCAAGAUGCCGGAGGGCAAGAUCGAGAGCACCGGCCACGUACCACACAUGCGUGAGGGGAGAGAUCAGGAGAUGGGUGUGGCGGUACUGUUCUUGACGAGGAACGAAUAUGUCAACGGAGAGAUUCUGGCCAUCGAUGGUGGGGUGUUGAACGUUGUUGGAGGACGAUGA